AUGCACACAUUUUCCACAUUACCUGUCGAACUACUUUAUCGAAUUAUGGAUCAUCAAAAUGACCGGACGCUAUUUUGUUCAAUGCAAAAUAUCUGUCGACGGCUCAAUCAAAUCCUGAGUACUUACCAGCGAUAUCAAACACUCACCACACUUGACCUCCGUAGGAACUGGAUCGGUGCUAAACGAGCACAACACGUUGCUAAUGCCCUGCGAACGAAUACGACACUCACCACACUUAACCUCAACCAGAACGGAAUCGGUGAUGAAGGAGCACAACACAUUGCGGAUGCGUUGCGAACGAAUACGACACUCACCACACUUAACAUCGACGAGAACCAAAUCGGCGAUAAAGGAGCACAACACAUUGCGGAUGUGUUGCGAACGAAUACGACACUCACCACACUUGACUUCGGUAAGAACCGAAUCGGUGCUGAAGGAGCACAACACAUUGCGGAUGCGCUACGAACGAAUACGACAAUCAUCACCCUUCAACUCUGGUACAACGGAAUCGGCGAUGAAGGAGCACAACACAUUGCGGCCGUCUUGCCAACGAAUACGGCACUCACCACACUUCACCUCAGUUUGAACGAAAUCGGUGCUGAAGGAGCACAACACAUUGCGGAUGCGUUGCGAACGAAUACGACACUCACCACACUUCACCUCAAUUCGAACGAAAUCAGUGCUGAAGGAGCACAACACAUUGCGGGCGCCUUGCGAACGAAUACGACACUCACCACACUUAACCUCAACCAGAACGGAAUCGGUGAUGAAGGAGCACAACACAUCGCGGAUGCGUUGCGAACGAAUAGGACACUCACCACACUUGACCUCAGUUCGAACAAAAUCAGUGCUGAAGGAGCACAACACAUUGCGGAUGCGUUGCGAACGAAUACGGCACUCACCACAGUUGACCUCAGUUCGAACGAAAUCGGUGCUGAAGGAGCACAACACAUUGCGGAUGCGCUGCGAACGAAUAGGGCACUCACCACACUUGACCUCAGUUCGAACCAAAUCGGUGCUGAAGGAGCACAACACAUUGCGGAUGCGCUGCGAACGAAUACGACCCUCACCACACUUCACCUCCGGUGGAACGCAAUCGGUGAUGAAAUAACUCAACAUAUUGUAUAUGCAUUGGUAAGGAAUAUAAACGCCAAGAUGGUAUAG